AUGUCCCAACCACUGAAAUGCAUCGAGUGUGGUGUCCAACCGAUCCGUCUCCUCAAAAUGGGACCGACGAUGCCGGAACAGGUAAAAGAAAUGUUCACACCAAUCCACGAGGACAUUCAAAAAAUCACAAAGGAUCUCGGCCGAUCGAUCACUUUUCAAGCCCGCCAACGGGCGAAUCUAUUCAUGGGAUUGACGAAGAAGGAGCGACACUUUGACCGAUUGAGAGAAGCACACAAUGAGCAGAAGGCGAAAAAAGAUAAUUAUAAGAAACAACUCGAGACGGCGUACGAACUGCUUCAAGCGAAAGAUCUCGAAAUCUCGGCACUAAAAUCGUCUCUGACUGUCGCUCAACAAGCCACGCCCCUUUUCACUCAAGCUCCGCCCCCUCCUCAACCGUCAAUGAAAUCGGCGGACACAAUGACGACGCCGUCGAUGAUUCGCAUAUUCAGUGACUCUAUGUAUAAUCGGACACCGAAAAGUGAUAAAACGGAGAAGAAGAAGCGAAUUUCAGAGAUUCCAGCGUUUUUGAGAUUCACCACACCGGCCAACCCACCACACAUGUUCCCACACUUGGCCAAAUUGGAAGCGGCGAAAAAGAGUGCUCAGCAUAGUCAAUAA